GAAAGUGAGUUCGGCCAUGACUAGCAUGGAAAGGGUGAGGAGUGCCUUUAAGAAAAAGCACUAUAUGUUCGUGUUUCUCUGCAGCAAAGCCUCUCUUUUUUUUUUGUUUGUUUGUGUUUUCCCUCUCCAUGCACUAAAUUGUCCCUGAAAGCAGAAGAGAGAUUUUGUUUAUCAUUUUCCACCCUGAUAGAAAGACAAUCUGCUGUCACUGCCUGGGAGAUUAGUGUCCCAAGAUGGGAUUAUUUUGUAGCCAAAUAGGAAUUGAAUGGGGUGGAUAUGGAGUAUCAAAAAGAGCAGUGACCCUUUUCCUGGGAAGCAUUAGAGCCAGAGAUCAAUCUGUGGUCAUGACAUACUCAGGCCUUGAUGAGUUGUGUGUGGAGACCUCAGCUACAGUUCAAGUGGAAGAAAUCUGUAGGGCCAGGUCAGUGGUGUAAGAGGUGGGUGAGUGAUCCCCUCAUCACCGUUGACACAGGGCCCCUGCUCUGUGGAAAGGGAAGUCUCUCCUCAAUCUGAAUCCUGACACUUCCUUAACAUGCAAGCUUGGGAAACCUGCAUUGGCAACUCUUUUUGCUUCCCAUCCUCCCCAGGGUCACAGGAAAAAGACCAUUUGAUGUAUGCAUUUCAAAUUCCUUCUCACUGGCAAGGGGUCCAUCACAUCCUAGUAUUCACAUGUCCAUCCUGAUGAUUUAUGGGGGGGUGCUGAGUGGUUCCUUCCUGGUGAGGACAUGUUGGAGAGUGAGGGGCCAGUGUCCACAUCUCUGGAUUGCUUUGCCCAAAGGUGGCUUGGGUGAUUAGACUGAUGGCCUCCUGACGUCAGAUGAGAUCCGUUAAAAGGUAUUUAUCUCGGGCUUGGGCCAAAGCCGCGGGAGAGAUUAAAAGAGAUUGAGGCCAAGAUAAUCCCCUUGCAGCAUCCCACUAAAGUGGCUGCCAAAAGGCAUGCCACCAAAUCUUUUGCCACCCUGGACCCCUGUGCCCAGUUCUAGUUUCCCCAUCCAGAGCCCCAUUUGCUGCCCAGAGAGGGUGUGACGGCCCUGGCAUUGGUUUUCCCUUAUCAGGGCCUCUGUGGGUGGCAUCAUUCCUCUUUCCGCCCUGCCCAGGACAUGCGUAGCAUGCUGUCCCCAGGAAAAUGGGAAUUCCUGUGGACUGUGAGGUACAGCAAGCCCUGCCCCAGUGGCUGAUAAUCCAAGCCUGUUCUGGCUAAUCUUCACUUUAUUAGUUUGUUGCUGAUAUAAACAGAGUCAAAUCUGCCUGUGAUGGUUUCUUUCCCUUCAGGAACAGUGUGCUACUCUCUCUUUUCACCCCUCCCCAUCCACCUGCUUUGCAUUACGUCCCAAUCCGAUUUCCCCAAGUCUCUGGUGUCUGAUUUAAUUUGCCUGACGCUGCUCCUGGAAUCAGCCCUCCCCCAACCCCUCCCGUCCACAGCCUUCCAGCUCCCCAUGGGGAGAUCAGUCCUGGGAGAGGCUGAGGAGCAGAGAGGGAGCAAGGGACUCACCGAGUGGACAAACAGGACUGACUGGAGAAGGCAAAGGGACAAGGGGCUUCUGGCCAGCGAGGAGCUGUUCUCACCAGGGAGGCAGCUGUGAGGGUGCCAUCCAGAAGGGACUACAACCCACCUCAUUCUACAGAUCCCGAAUCAAGGCUGCCCCACGUGAAGGAGCCACCCCUAGGUCAGAAAGAUGGGGGAAAUGGAACAGAUGAAGCAGGAGGCUGAGCAGCUGAAGAAGCAGAUUGCGGAUGCCCGGAAAGCCUGUGCAGACACAACACUGGCUCAGAUUGUUUCUGGAGUGGAGGUUGUUGGCCGCAUCCAGAUGCGGACCCGAAGGACCCUGCGGGGGCACCUGGCCAAGAUCUACGCCUUGCACUGGUCCACAGACUCCAAACUUAUGGUCAGUGCCUCACAAGAUGGGAAACUGAUUGUGUGGGACACAUACACAACUAACAAGGUUCAUGCCAUCCCUUUGCGUUCUUCCUGGGUCAUGACCUGUGCCUAUGCUCCCUCAGGGAAUUUUGUGGCCUGUGGGGGUCUUGACAACGUGUGCUCCAUCUACAGUCUCAAGUCUCGUGAAGGCAACGUCAAAGUGAGCAGGGAGCUCUCAGCCCAUACAGGAUACCUCUCCUGCUGCCGAUUUCUUGAUGACAACAGUAUUGUGACUAGCUCUGGAGAUACCACGUGUGCGCUCUGGGACAUUGAAACAGGGCAGCAGAAGACUGUGUUCUUGGGACACACCGGAGAUUGUAUGAGCUUGGCUGUCUCCCCAGACUUCAAACUCUUUAUCUCUGGGGCUUGUGAUGCUACUGCCAAACUCUGGGAUGUGCGGGAGGGCUCCUGCCGUCAGACCUUUGGAGGACAUGAGUCUGAUAUCAACGCCAUCUCUUUCUUCCCUAAUGGUGAAGCCAUCUGCACCGGCUCAGAUGAUGCCACCUGCCGUCUCUUUGACCUCCGGGCGGACCAGGAGCUCAUAGUGUACUCUCACGAGAGCAUCAUCUGUGGAAUCACAUCAGUCGCCCUUUCCCGCAGUGGGCGUCUCUUGCUUGCUGGGUACGAUGACUUCAACUGCAACAUCUGGGACUCCCUGAAAGCAGAGCGUGUGGGAAUACUUUCUGGCCACGAUAACAGAGUGAGCUGCCUGGGCGUGACAGCAGACGGCAUGGCUGUUGCCACUGGCUCCUGGGACAGCUUCCUCAAGAUUUGGAACUGAGGAUGGCAGCAGAAAGGGGAAGAGCAGUGGAAGCAAGGCCCACAGCCCAAGCCCAUGCAAGCAGCAUCGUCAGAUGAGCACAACAGAAACGCCUACUUACCACUCCCGCUUGUCUCUAGACACAGGUCACUUGUAGGAGUCUCCCAGAGCGAAAGGGAAAGCAAAGGUCAGGGAGGAGAAGCAGGGGAAGCUGGGGAACAGGAGCACACAUGCUGGCCCUUCUCUCCACCUCUAAAUAGCCCCGGCAGUUUCCAGCCUUGUGCAGGCUUGAAGAGUUGCAAAACACUGUUCUUUAUGUCUCAGGACUUUUCAGUACAAUUCAGACAACCUGCAUCUUCCUUCAAACACCUCUACCCACGCUGACACACAUCCUCCUCCUUCAGAGGAUCCCUCAUCCAACACCUGCCCCCAACUAAGAUCUCUCCCUGAUUUAACUCUACCUACCUUCUCUGUGCAGCUGUCCUAUAUCCCUGCAGACAGCCACGGAGGUGUACUGGGUUUGAGAUUUCUAUCACAUCACCUCAAACAAAAAGCUAAUGUAAAUUUGGCUCAUUUCCAUUGGGGAAGACUUAGCUCAAGUCUUAUCUGUGCAUAAACAUGAGAAAGGUAGUCUUCAGACCUUCCAAAAUACCAGAGAAUAUAUUUAUUCUUUUCUUAGAUCAAAUCUUAUCUAUGCAUAAAUGGCAGAAGGGUAGCCCUCAGACCUGCCAGAAUAUCAGGGAAUAUUGUAUUUGUUAUUUAUUCUCUGCUUCUUGCUGUACCUUCCCCUUUUGCCUCACUCCUGCAUUGUGUGGUGACACUGUCUAACCAGUAGCCAUUGGUCCCUGUUUUCAAGUUUGCUUAGAUCUUCAUAGCCCAGGCAAAUAAAGAAAACUCACAU